CUACACGCUCAAGUAGCGCGGUAGCAUGUGGGGUUACAAGCGUUUUUUCAAGAGAACUUCUCUGGAGACGUCAGACUACCUUAAAGAUGACUGCUUGUCAGUAAACUGUAUGGUUGGUGUUGUGAAGUCACACACGGAGGGGCCAAAAAUAUACUCCAUCCCAGUACCACCAUCCAGCAUGGGCCAUCAGUUUGGGCGGCUACUGGAAAGUGGAAAGGGAACUGAUGUAAAUUUUGAAAUUGACGGUGAAAUUUUUGCUGCUCACAAGUUGGUACUAGCAGCUCGAUCACCUGUAUUCAGGGCCCAACUAUUUGGUCCUAUGAAGGAUCAGAACACUCGGUGCAUAAAAGUUGAGGACAUCGAGGCUCCAGUCUUUAAGGCUUUGCUUCAUUUCAUAUACUGGGACUCUCUGCCUGACAUGGAAGAGCUUACUGGAAUUAACUCCAACGGGUCUUCCACUUUGAUGGCGCAGCAUCUGCUUGCAGCAGCAGAUCGGUAUGGCUUAGAUAGACUUCGGUUGUUAUGUGAGGCAAAUCUCUGCAAAGAUGUUGCGAUAAACACUGUGGCAACGACAUUAGCAUUGGCAGAACAACAUCACUGCUUCCAGCUGAAAACUGUGUGUCUCAGAUUCGUUGCAACACCUGGAAAUCUAUCAGGUGUGAUGCAAACAGAUGGUUACAAACACUUGAAGGAAAGCUGCCCGUCUGUUCUGACUGAACUCUUGGAAUAUGUAGCUAGAGUUAGUGAACAUUCUGUAUCUCUAUGCAGGCAUGGGAAUGAAGCUAUUCUUGAUGGUAGUGACAUCAAUGGCAGGCGGGUGAAGCAAAGGCUAUAGUGAACUGAGCUUUUCAAACAUCUACCAUGUAGAAAAACAAAAUGGAAAGAAAGAUAGAGAAAAGUGAGGAGAGAGAUUAUUUCUAGGUUUAGAAAUAACUACUAGUUUUUUAGGCUUGUUAUUCGAAAGGAUGUUGAUGUCUCUGUUGGCUUGUAAUUGAACGUUGUAGUACUUACUGUUUUGAUUGAGAAAAAGAAAAAUUCAAUUCCCUGGUU